AUGACAGGCGACUUUACCAUUCACAGGAGGUGGUUCUGGUACGACUUCCUCCUCUGGAGCUCCACAAAGAACAACCAGAUUCGAGUAGUUCGGAUUGGGUUUGCGUGCGCUCAUGUUGCGUUGAGUGCUGGAGCAAAAGCUGUCAUCAUCGCCGAUUUACGUCUUACACCAGAGGGCGAGAAAAUGGUAACAGAAAACGAGCAUGUGAUUUUCGAAAAGUGCGACGUGGCCAAAUGGAAAGACCUACAGAAUGUGAUUGAUGGAAGCAUUACGCACUUUGGCGAUGUCCCUGACAUUUAUAUUGCUUCAGCUGGGGUGUUUGAGCCACCAUACUCCAAUUUCUGGGAUGAUCCUGAAGGGCUGGAUGCGAAUGGCUACAAGGCUGUCGACAUCAACGUCAACCACCCCAUCAAGCUGACACGCCUCGCGAUGCGCGCACUCCUAGGCAAGUCCAAGCGCGGUGUCGUGGCAAUCGUGGCGUCAAUUGCUGGCUACAGCAAACAAUACCCAGCUCCCAUCUAUAGCGCUACAAAACAUGCACUAGUCGGAUUUACGCGGAGUCUAGGGGAUGCUGAUGCUUUGCAGGGUGUCAGAGUCGUCGCAAUAUGCCCUGGGAUUGUCGCCACCCCUAUCUGGACUACCGGAACUCCAGGAUCUGGAGAACGUUUCGGGAUUACAGACGAGAUUAGUAUCACACCGAGUGAAGUUGCGAAUGCCCUCUUUGAAACAGUGAAAUCUGCGAAGUACCCGGGAGGUACAAUCAUGGAAGUCUCGAAACUCGGCACUCGUGUUAUCCCUGAAUGGCACAUUGCUCCUGUUGGUGAAAUUGACGGCAAAAUGGCUGAGGGCUCCGACAUCCCAUCUGAUGCGAUUCAACGAGUUCUUGGAUCCAUUUUACAAGUUACGGAGCAUGAGAGAGGAGCCCUGUUGCAGAAAGCAUCGUGA